UGAAAACUGACAACAAAAUGACUCAGUUAUGGACGGACUUGUUUUUCCUUCUCUUGUGGACGACCUCCUAAUAAUGUCCUCUAAGUGGACAGAGUCAAACUGGAGACAUUUUAAAUGAACUGUUUGCAGGGAUUUCGUAACUUCUUUGUGGCUGUGACUUUUUAUGGAGUAAUUACACAAAAAAGUGACACAUUUAAUCACACACUGAUGCUUGCACUCCAGCACAGUGGGUGGCAGUAGUGUCUUUUCAAACCCAUCACUUUAUUCAGUCAUGAAUGUGACAUAUAUAUAGUUCAUACUCAUAUAUAGUAUUCUUGAGCAGAGUGUAGGUUGUUGGUCAGUAGUGAUGGUCAGUUGGCGACGUCUGGUUCACGUCGUGUGCAGUCCGUUGGAGAUGGUCAGCAGUGAUAGCAGGGUGGGACCUCAUUCUGUUGGUAUGAGCUCAAUCACAGAAAACAAAAGCCGUGCUGUUUCUCCUCCCAUGUGAAUUGUCAUUUCUAACGACUUGUGUCUCAACAACAUUUGUGUAAACGAGGGUCUCAGCGUGUCCACGCACACAGAGUGGUCUGGCUCUGGAGCCUGCCAUGUAUACGCGUCCUUUGUGUAUUCCAAGUACAAGCAGUGAGAGACGUGUGUGUGUUUGUGUGUUUUGAGGGUGGAGGGCUUUAAGCACUUACCCGUAUUUGACCCCAGUGUGGAAUUUUUAGGAUCAUUUACCCACAUCUCUGCCCCAUAAACAGAGCCACCGUGUUUGUGGGCCGGUGGCAGUGAUUUGAGGUCGUGUUGUUCUGUUCUGUUUUGUUGGCGACUGUGUGACUUAUCAUCGUUCAACAGUGCUUUGUUUUGUAUGAUACAGUUGUGGAUUGUUUGAGCUGUAACCAGGGCUGUGUGAGAGGAUGCCCCUGUUACCAAUUAGGCCGCUUCCCAUCUGCACAUGGUUACUGAGAUUCUUUAAGGUUAAAAGGCAGAGCAGCGUAAUGACGAGCCUUUAAAACAUGUGAAAAGAUUAUGUUCCUGCUAAACUUGAACAAGAUGAGAAAAGAAAUCAGCUCAUUUGAAUGUUUUCUACAGGCUGAAUACCUUUACAGAUGGUAAUGUUGACUCUGGAACUCUGGCUGCUCGAGGCCAGGAAACAUCACUAGCACUAGGGCCAUGUGGGACCUCCUUAAAAAACAGGAGAAAAAAGUUUGAGAUUUUUUCACAGCCCAUUGUAAGCAAUCAGGCAAAUAGAAGCUUGCAGUCUUACCGUGUACAGUCACUUCUUUUCAGAAGGCAGAGAGCGAUGUUCAGUCUACUGACAGGUGAGCUAACAGACCGACAGGGAGCUGGGACAUUUUCUCAUAGCAGUAACAGACGAUAACACCACCAGCAGGUCUUUAAAAGGCCACCUUCAAUCUUCUAGCUCUGAUUGCUCCUGACUGCACUUUUUCUCUCAUCUGCUGCAGAUAGAAAACCCCACAGAUGCACUCAGCUACGAGCUUAUUUCUCAACUCAGAAUCUGUCUCUACACAUACAUCCAGUCUCCGGGAAGAGGAUACACAUGCUUUUUUGACAACGCUACAGGUGCUUUGAGUUUUUGCCUGGAGAGGACUGUUUUGUUUUUCUACCUGGUGAGCUGCGUGCUCUCUACACACCAGAAUGUUGCCUGUUGCUGUGGCAUGGCUGGUAUUUGUCCUGCUGGGCUCAGGGCACUCUCAAGUAGCUUCACAGACUCAGGGACAGAGCCAGAGUCAGGACGGCUCUGCCAACCCAUGGGGACAGGUAAUUCAGUGGGAGAAUAAUGGCCGUGUGUUUAGCUUGCUUAACAGUGGAGCUGAAUAUGUUCCUGCCCGGGCAGGUGCCCAGGAGAGGGCUCCCAGGGUGGUUGUGGCGGAUAAUCUUCCACGCACUCCAGGCAGACCUCAGGGGGGUAACGUACGCCGUCAGGCUCCAUCGAGAGGAUCCUCCGAGACUGUCCGUGGGCAGGCCAGGCACCCCUUUGGUUUUGGACAAGUGCCUGACAACUGGAGGCAAACUGCAGGCAGAACAGGUGGCAGCCAGUUUCAGGGAUCGUCUUCAUCUCGAUUUAGGACGUCCACAGGCUCCUCCUCAUCAUCAUCAUCGUCGUCGUCGUCUUCUUCAUCUUUUCCAUCAUCUUUCAACGUGCCUUCUUACCCACAGUAUUCUUUACCCCAACAACCUCCCUAUCAACCGGCACAAUAUGACACUGGUUAUGUAGAAGGACCAGUAAUGAGCUUUGAGCCCCCCUUUCAGCCUGUUGGAGGUGGGGUAUACGGUGGUGGAGGGUUCGGCCCUGGACAGCCCUACACUGGAGGAGGCUAUGGAGCUGGUUUGCCCCCAGUUCUUCCAGGCUCCCCCUCCGACUUUACUGAUGAAAGCUACCGUUACUUCCAGACCUACAGCUAUGGGCCUAAUCCAGCGGUGCCCGCACGAGCCGCACAACCGCCGUUCACAGACGGUCUAGACCACAGGUACACUCACAGUCUCUUUAAUGGAGACUCUGGUCCUGCCCUCCCCGUCGCUAACCCCAACCAGGCAUCAGCGGUUGUGGUAGAUAGGACAGGAACACCAGGACAAACAUCAGUGAGGAGCCCUCAGUAUGAACAGUUCCCUCCAUUUGGAAGACCAAGACCUCCUUUCCUGCAGCCCGUGGUUCCAGGCAGAGGUUCUCCAAACGCGGCUUUGGAGAACUCUGGAGUGGCUGUAGGAAGUGUGUAUCAGCGAGACCAGAGAGGUUUGGCUGAUCUGGUCCCUGAUCCUCACUACGUCCAGGCUUCAACAUAUAUUCAGAGAGCCCACAUGUACUCUCUCCGCUGUGCUGCAGAGGAGAAGUGUCUAUCAAGCUCUGCCUACGCCCCUGAGACAACCGACUACGACGUGAGGGUCCUGCUGAGAUUCCCACAGAGGGUGAAGAACAAGGGAACAGCGGACUUCAUGCCGAACCGGCCGCGUCACACCUGGGAGUGGCACAGCUGUCAUCAGCAUUACCACAGCAUGGAUGAGUUCAGCCAUUAUGAUCUACUGGAGGUCAGCACCAACCGUAAAGUGGCAGAAGGUCAUAAGGCCAGCUUCUGCCUGGAGGACACCACCUGUGACUUUGGCCACCUGAAGCGCUACGCCUGCACCGCUCACACCCAGGGUCUGAGUCCAGGCUGCUAUGACACGUACAAUGCUGACAUUGACUGUCAGUGGAUCGAUAUCACAGACAUUAAACCUGGCAACUACAUCCUGAAGCUCCAGGUUAAUCCCAAAUUCUUAGUAAUGGAAUCUGACUUCACCAACAAUGUGGUCAGAUGUAACGUUCACUACACAGGACGGACUGUAAGAACAACAAACUGCAAGAUCGUUCAAUCUUGAAGAGGGACAGGACGCUCGUCCUCCUCGUGUGACCCAGACUGCAUCCAAAUGUGAAUGGAAUCCAUUUGUUGUUGGUUUAUUCUCAAUGGUUUUUACUUUUCUCAUUAUUGUUGUUGUGUUGGUGUCAUGGUCCACUGGCCUCAUGGGCUCCAGUGGCACUGGAAGGAACACAGUGGGGGUCUCGGGGUUGUUAGCACACACACACACACACACACACACACACACAGAUUUUGAUAUUCCAACAAUGAACCAACCGUUCAGAUCUCUGCCAUUUACAUUUUAAACUUGUCUGAAUAAAGAUGUUUGUCAUGUGUCAUUUCUUACAUGUUAGAGAAAAUUACUUUUUUUUUUGCUAUAUGUGCACAUAUAGGUUGUCGUCUUCGAUUAUAGAUAUAAGGCACAAUAUUAUUCAAGUGCUAAAUGGAGAGGCUUCAACAUAGAGAUUCAGCAUAAACUGAACAAAGAAUCUGAAGGAAUGAGUCAGAGACUGUGAUGUUUGACUGUUUUAGUGACACCUACAGCACCCACGGCUCAAACGUACUGUUUAAUGUAGCCUUAAUAACAAGAAGAAGAAAACAGGCCCCGUUUUUUGGCUUUAUCAGACUGUAUGAAGUCAGUAAGAAAACACUGUGAGUUUUUAUUCCAGGACCAAAGGCUUCACAGAACCAGACGCGCUGCCUGUGUUCUCUUCUAACGCCACCACUUGUCAACUGGCACAUACUGCAGGUCAGGGAAUUCUUCUGUGUCUGCAAAUAUCCCACCAGUGCCUGACCCUGAGGUCGGAGGUCGUUCUGUUCUAACUGACUGUAGGUUCUUCACCUGUUUGAUCUGUUACUGCCGUCUGAGAAAUAUUGAGAAAGAUUUUGUCUCUGAUACAAAUACUUUAUAAGUUGUUUCAUUUUGUGGUGCACGGCGCCACGAUGAUGUCACUGAUGAUGUCACCUCUCCAACUCAGUGAGCUGUUGUUUAUUGGCUCUGGUACAGCAGCUUUAAGGCUAAUCCAUCAGAAUUAUAAUCCAAGGACAACAAACAGCAGUUCACUGACAUCUGAUUGGAUAUUAAAAAAUGAGACUUGAAUUGGUCACACGUGGUGUUCUGUUCAGUCACAUGUUAUGGUUUAUCUUUUUACAUGAACAUGACAUGAACAACAUGAUCCUCCUUCAUCCACGUCAGUGUUGGUCCUCUGGGCCUGGAGCUGCUCUUCAAAGACGCCGACUGAAGCUAGGUUUUCCACAGAACACAUUCUGUAUGCGUACGUCCAAAGGUGGCAGCAGAUGAGAAGGCGACGACUUAUUGAAUUCAUCCCUCUUAUACAGGAUUAGGUGUUAGGGCCUGUAUGUUUAAUGUAUCACCGGAUUGGCUGUGAUUUUGUUAUGCAUUAUUCAGACAGGAAUGGAGAUUCGACCUUUACAAAUACAAAACACAAUACGCUUCAUACACUGAGCGCCGCCUUAAAACAGUGAGACGGUUAUUGUGCAGCGGCACCUCCGCCUUCUUCUUUCAUUUCCACUAUUUUAAUAAUUUAUGGGCGGAACCGUGAUCUGUCACGCUGAGGUAUGUGUGAGGAAGAUCAUUCUGACUCAGAUGUAUUGUCUUUAUACUGAAGGCUCCACUGAGACACAGCCAUUUAUUUCUGCUUUUCAAGAUGUUGCUGUUGCACAAUUUAAACAUCUCCAUGUUACUAAUGAGCCGUGCUGCCACACGGUGUCUGAAAUAUGAACUGUUGUGUCUGGUUUAAGGUCAAAUAAAUAAUAAAAAACUGGAUGGUUCAAACAAAGAGAAAACUGAAAGUUGGUAAAUGAUAUGACAACAAUAUUUUUUUACUAAAUGCUAGCUCACGUGUUAACUAGAGUUAGGAUCUGAACGGCCCAGUGCCACUGAAGACCUAAUCAAAGGUCAUGACCCCUGGUGGACCACCGAGGGCCCACAGACCCUAUGCUGCCACAACUUUAAAGACAACUGGUGGUAGUUUAAUUUUUAACCUGUUAAAAGCUCUGUGUACAAAUACUUCAGUAAAACUGUUUUUUUAUUUUCUUACUCGUGGUCUCAGUAAAACUGGACUCUCACUGAGUCAUGGUUUGUUUUGUAUUUUAUUCUUCACUGCCUCUGUUUUAAAAAGUGUGUGGAGAUUGUCAGAUAUGUUUCGUGUAAUUUGACUGGAGCCGUAGAACUGUGAGGUGGUAAUUCUAGUUUCUGUAGUGAAAAAUGUUAUUUGGGAAACGCAGAGACAUUCCUCAUACAAGUAUUUCCUGUCGCCCGGAGGAAUGAGAAUCCAUUAUCUGUUGUUUUGAUACGCAGCGCUCACUCUCAUAUUUGGUCCUAACAAAACUUGCUCUGCCGUAAUGGGACUUCCUCCUGAUAGGCUGUGUUUGUUCAGGCUGUGCACAUGAAGUCACUCCAUACCACACUCUGUUGUUUUAGUCAGAGCCGUGCAGCGUGGACUUGGAGCAUAUGUGCUGCAGUCAGUGGGCUUCUGUGUUGUUUGUAUAAUUUAAUUUGUAAACCACGGUGGGCAACUGUGAGCAGGGAGAAACAGCCAACAUGUAUUGAACUGUUUUCAAGAAAGGACAGAUUAUACAUGGGCCCCAGGACUGAAAAAUGACAUUUUUCAUAAGCACGUCUCUGGUUUUGCUCCUGCGUAUUUUUAUGCAGUCUGGUUGUGUUGCAUAAAUUAGGUUACGUUCAUUCCUCUGCGAAGUAUUGGCUUAACAAUACUGGUCUCAUGUUCUUGUUGUGGAUGAAAAGCAGAUGCUGUUUUUUUCUUUUUUUUCCCACCAUUAUCUCCAAUCAAAGCAGUCAAAUCAGAGACAUGCAAACAAUGGAGGAUUAAUUAAUAUCCAAUUUCAUUUCUCAGGAAUGUGCUGCGAGGUAUUUCCUAAGUCAUUUAGAACAAUUUCAGAUUCUCGCAGCAGCACACACACACACACACACACAAACACCCUCAGGCUAAGUUUAGAGGAAAACCGAGCAGAGACACGUUGUAUUGAUGAGAUGACGCACAACAGCAGCAACAACAUCAUGGGUUUGAUCCCACCUCAGGAGAACAAGACUUUUCUGUUCAGAUGCCGAGGUGUCCAACGUGUUCGGAGACAUCGAUCAUCUGGGCUGAGAUUUUUUUUGUGUGUAUAUGUGAUAAAAAUAAAUUCUGCAC